ACUAAGCUCUCUGUUAGUUGUAAUAGUAGAGAGAAUAUGUCACCAGUAAAGGCAUCUCUGCAGGCAUUCCUUACUGCACCAUUCUAUCAUUUCAUCCAUGGAGACUUCCAUUGGGUUGUCUCUAGAAUGACUCUCUUGGACAAACUUCUUUUCCUGAUAAUGCACAGCAUUGAUAAGUUAGGGAUAUGGCAUCGAUUACCAGUGUUGUUGGGGAUGAUAUAUCUGGCCAUCAGGAGACACCUUCACGACCAAUACAACCUGCUUAAUGUCGUGGGAACCACACCGAAUGGAGUUCGAUUUAACCCGGCUGAUUACCCUUAUAGAACAGAUGAUGGGACACUUAAUGAUCCUUUCAAUCCAGGUGCAGGUGGGGAGGGAACCUUCUUUGGCCGCAAUAUUCUUCCUGUUGAUCAGAAGCAUGAGCUACUGAAGCCAGAUCCAAUGGUGGUGGCCACAAAACUUCUAGCCCGGAGAAAAUUCAUAGACACAGGAAAGCAAUUCAACAUGAUCGCAGCUUCUUGGAUUCAGUUCAUGAUACACGAUUGGAUUGAUCACUUGGAGGACACCAAGCAGGAAGAGCUCAUAGCACCAAGAGAAGUAGAGGGUCAGUGCCCACUAAAAGCAUUCAGAUUCUACAAGACCAAGGAGGUCCCAACUGGUUUCUAUGAGAUCAAGAAUGGUACUUUGAACAGCCGAACACCUUGGUGGGAUGGAAGCUCUAUAUAUGGUAACAAUGCAAAAGAGCUGGGGAAAGUGAGAACAUACAAAGAUGGGAAGCUGAAGAUAUCGGCGGAGGAUGGCCUUCUCCUGCAUGACAAAGAUGGGAACUCCAUAUCGGGCGAUGUGCGCAACAGUUGGGCAGGGGUGUCCACCUUUCAGGCCCUUUUCGUGAAGGAGCACAAUGCUGUGUGUGACACCCUCAAGAAGGAAUACCCUCACCUUGAAGACGAAGAACUCUACCGCCAUGCAAGACUCGUCACUUCUGCCGUCAUUGCUAAGAUUCACACUAUCGAUUGGACCGUUGAGCUUCUUAAGACCGAUACAUUGCUUGGAUCUAUGCGUACCAAUUGGUAUGGGAUUUUGGGGAAGAAAUUCAAGGACACAUUUGGGCAUAUAGGAGGACCAAUCUUGGGAGGACUGGUGGGUUUAAAGAAGCCUGACAAUCAUGGAGUUCCAUAUUCUCUGACUGAGGAGUUCGUCAGCGUUUAUAGAAUGCAUUCUCUUUUACCGGACUAUCUUCUCCUCCGGAAUCUUUCUGCUUCUCCGGGACCCAACAAAUCACCACCCUUGCUCAAAAAGGUUCCAAUAACCGAUCUGAUCGGUAUUAAUGGAGAGAAAACUCUAUCUGAGAUUGGGUUUGCAAGACAAAUGGUUUCCAUGGGACACCAAGCAUCCGGCGCUUUGGAGCUUUUUAACUAUCCAAUGUGGCUGAGAGACCUCAUUCCUCAAAACCCAGAUGGGACUGAUAGACCUGAUCACGUUGAUCUCCCUGCACUUGAAGUUUAUAGGGACAGGGAGAGGAAAGUUGCAAGGUACAACGAGUUCCGCAGGGGAGUGAUGUUAAUUCCAAUCUCCAAAUGGGAAGAUCUGACGGAUGAUGCUGAAGCCAUUCAAACAUUGCGUGAAGUGUACGGUGAUGAUGUUGAGCAGCUUGAUCUAUUGGUGGGUCUCAUGGCCGAGAAGAAGAUCAAGGGAUUUGCCAUCAGCGAGACGGCAUUCGUCAUUUUCAUCAUCAUGGCUAAUAGGAGAUUGGAAGCAGAUCGGUUCUUCACGAGCUACUUCAAUGAGGAGACUUACACAAAGAAGGGGUUAGAAUGGGUGAACACUACAGAGAGCCUUAGAGAUGUGUUACACCGCCAUCACCCAGAGAUGAUAGAGAAGUGGAUGAACUCCAGCAGUGCCUUCUCUGUUUGGGAUUCUCCUCCCAACCGUUACAAUCCUAUCCCUCUCUAUCUUCGCAUUCCUCAGUGAGCCCUAAAUUUCUCAUAUGUGUCUUAUAUGUCUUGUGUUUCUCAAUAAACAGAAUCAAUGUCUUAAUAUUCUGUAAUGAGUUGUAUGUUUAUUUCAU